AUGACGACGGUUUUUCUGUUUGACGAGACUGAGUAUAUCGACGGUCCUGUAGAUGGCCCUGGACCCUUCCAGGGCCGACCACGGAACUUUUCGCGAAGUUCGCAGAAUUUUGUGUUUCUGGAUGAAGGAGACCACAGUCCGGUCUUAGAUGAUAGGGGAGUUUGUGAGACUGGUAUCGACGAUACACAUGAGGGUGCUAAUGGCGUUGAUAUUGGAUCUGGUUUGCGAGCUGGUGAGGAUCCAUGUGAUGGAGAUCUGGUGAGCAAGUUCACAAAAGUGACUAUUAAUGGACCACCACCAUCCAGUUCUGCCAGUUCGGACGAUGACACGCUUGCUGAGCUUCCCAGUCGGUCACAACCUAUUUCAGUGACCCCUUCUAAACUCACUGCAUCACUCAGUUCUUCACAAGGUCAGGAUUUCCAAGCCCUGACUCCUCCUGGAACUAGUUAUCAUAGACUGGGAAAGUCGUUUGAAGUCGGCAUCGACAAAAACUACGUUUCGAGUUUUGCCGCUGCUGCUUCAAGAAAAAUGAAACCUGAUGAUUUCGAGCCUUUAAAAGUACUUGGCCAGGGCGCUUAUGGCAAAGUAUUGCUUGUCAGAGAAAGAAAAACUGGUAAACUUUAUGCUCAGAAACAGCUCAAGAAAGCAUCUAUGGUUAUUGAAGAUAAGAAAGUCGAACAGACAAAGUCGGAACGAUCGAUUCUGGAAUCAGUUCGUCACCAUUAUAUUGUACGACUGUUUUAUGCCCUGCAAGACCACCAUAAACUGUACCUGAUCCUUGAAUAUGCUCAAGGUGGUGAACUAUUUACACAUUUGGCAUCUGAGAAGAUGUUUUCAGAAGACGUUGCUGCAUUUUAUGUAGCUGAGAUGGUGCUAGCAUUGCAUCAUUUACACGCCAAUGUCGGAGUGGUGUACCGAGAUUUGAAGCCCGAGAACUGUUUACUUGACGCUGACGGUCAUUUGGUGCUGACGGAUUUUGGUCUGAGUAAAGUUGCUGAAGACGGAUCCACGUGCAAUUCGCUUUUGGGAACUCCCGAGUACAUGGCACCGGAAAUCCUACUUGGCAAAGAGUACGACUACGCUGUCGACUGGUGGUCUCUUGGAGCAGUAUGCUAUGAUCUGAUGACCGGCAGUCCUCCAUUUACUGGUAACAACCAUCAAAAGAUCAUUGACAAGAUCACCAAAUCCAAACUCAACCUCCCAUAUUAUCUAUCAGCCGACGCCAAAGAUCUCCUGACGCGAUUAUUACGCAAAGAUCCACGUCGUCGUUUGGGAUAUAAAGACAUUGAGGUGAUUAAAAAGCACCGAUAUUUCCGCAAACUGGACUGGAAAAAGCUCGAGGUGCGACACCCCGAUCUGAUCCCGCCCAUCAUCCCCAUCAUCACAAAUCCCGUCCUUGCCGAGAACUUCUCGUCAGAAUUCGUCGACAUGGCCCUCACGCCCGACACCCACUACCACAACGUGCCAGUCCCUGCUGGUGCCGGCCUCUUCCAAGGCUUCUCCUACACUGCCAGCCGAAGCUUCAUAGACAACGUCCCAAUCACCGUCCACCGCGACAUCUGA